AUGUUCACUUCUGGUAUCGCCCUCGCGGGCCUCGCGGCAAUGAUGCCCGGAGCUCUCGCCGCUCCCGCCGCCCCCACUGCACCCGGCUGCGACGGACCCGACUCCCGGGCUUAUCCACCAACUGGCGCAGUCGUGGUUGACGCCAGCGGCGCCCACGCUGGCAGUUACAAGACCAUCAGCGAAGGUGUCGCCACAUUGAACAAUCAGACGACGGCGGAACAAACUGUCUUUGUCCUGCCAGGCACCUAUCACGAACAGGUUCUCGUCUCACCUCUGCAGGGCCCGCUCGUUUUGCAGGGCUACACCUGCGAUUCAAGCUCCUACGCGCAAAACGAGGUGACCAUCACCAAUGGGCUCGCGCAAAAGGAUGUUCCUCCCGAGGUCACCGGAGAGGCUCGUAACGAUCUCACAAGUACUCUCCGAUUGAAGUCGGACAACAUCAGGGUCUACAACCUGAACAUCGCCAACACUGCUGGAAAUGUGGGCCAGGCGCUGGCUGUGAACGUCAACGCGACGAACAACGGCUUCUACGGAGUCAACUUCACGGGCUACCAGGACACAAUCCUCAGCGACAAGGGCCGCCAGCUGUACACCAACUGCUACAUCAACGGCGCCAUCGACUUCAUCUUCGGGCGCUACGCCCAGUCGUGGUUCGAGGGCUGCGACAUCGAGCCAAUCGGCCCCGGGUACAUCACAGCCAGCGGGCGCGAGUCCGACGACAGCUCAGCCUUCUACGUCUUCAACAGGGCCACCGUCACGGGAACAGCUGGCGAGGGCUCGACAUAUCUGGGUCGCCCCUGGGGCCCAUAUGCCCGCGUCGUCUUCCAGAACAGCGACCUGAGCGAUGUUGUCAACCCACACGGUUGGGCAGACUGGAACGGGGACAAUGUCACCGACCACGUCUACUUCAAGGAGUUCCAAAACACUGGCGCCGGUGCGGACCUCUCCCAGCGGGUGGCUUACAGUGGUGUUUUGGAGGAGGCUGUCAAGAUCACCGACGUUCUUGGAGAAGGCUUUGAGGAGGAGACCUGGGUUGAUGCCAGUUACCUCGGCUACCGCGCUGGGAAGAUGGGAAUUAGGAUCAACUUUAUCCUCGCCAACACCCGGUUGCAGGAAGUUCUGCAGAACGACAUUAGCGAGGCUGCACUCCUCCACCACGCAGAGAACCUUGAAGCCAUCGCCUACAGCACGCCCGAUCGCAACCGCGUCUUUGGCAGCACGGGCUACAAUUUCUCGGCGUUGUACAUCCACAAACACCUCGCGCCUCUCAGCGACUAUUAUGACAUCACGUGGCAGCCAUUCACGGCGCUGUUCACCAGCUACAGCACCAGUCUGUCAGUGACGGGGACGGACCGCAACGCGGGCCAGAUGACUUUCUCGCCGAACGGGCACGUCGAGGCCCCCGUCGUCUCCGUUUCAAACAACGGCUGUGAUGCAGCCGACUUCCCGGAGAACGUGAGCGGAAACAUCGCCCUGAUUUCCCGCGGCGAUUGCGAGUACGGGCUCAAGUCUGCCCUCGCCGGUGCCGCCAAAGCCGCAGGUGUAAUCAUCUACAACAAUGAAGGCGGUGAUGAGGAGCUGCGGGGCUCCUUGAUUCAUCGCAGCCGCCCUGAGGGCCCUUACCCGCCGACUGUGGCAAUCUCCCAGAAUGCUGGUCGCACGAUCCUCACGUCAUUGGCUAGUGGCGAGAGGAUUGGCACACUGACUGUUGAGGGAGUGGCAGAGGAUCGGGUAACGAUGAACUUGAUCGCACAGACCAAGGCUGGCGACCAGAAUAAUGUCCUUGUUCUUGGAGCUCACGCAGACUCGGUAGAGGACGGGCCUGGUAUCCAGGACAAUGGCUCAGGUGUCAGCUGCCUGCUCGAGGUCGCGCUCCAGCUGGCGAAAUACAAUGUCACUAACGCGGUGCGGUUCGCCUGGUGGUCGGCUGAAGAGUUUGGACUGGUCGGGUCUCAAUACUACGUGAACCAGUCCUCGGCCGCUGAUCUUGAUCGGAUUCGCCUCUACCUCAACUUCGACAUGAUUGCGUCACCAAACUAUAAGCUCGGUGUAUACGACGGGGACGGAUCAGACUCCCCGGAGGGUGUGGCAGGGCCGGCCGGGUCAGGCGAGGCCGAGCUACUCUUUGCGAACUACAUGGGCGACGUGGGAAAGACAUCGACGCCAGUCUAUUUCAACAACCGGUCCGACUAUCAGGCAUUUAUCUACGCGGGUAUUCCAUCCACGGGUCCGUUCACGGGAGCAGAGAAAGCCAAGACGGCGGAGGAGGCGUCCGCAUUUGGCGGGACGGCCGGCCAAGCCUAUGACCCGAAUUAUCACCAGGUCGGCGAUACUGUGGACAAUCUCAACAUGGAGGCCUUCCUCGUCAACACGAAGGCAGCAGCCCAUGCAGUAGCAACUUAUGCGACGUCAUUUGACUCGUUGGGAACCAGCAAAUUGAAAAGACGAUCAGCCUUGAUCCCACAAGCUCAUAGCCAUUCAACGGGGUGCCAGCAGCACAGUCACGGGGAGCAUGGCCUCUGA